ACCAGCUACGCGUUUUCCGCAUUCCAGACAUAUCUAUAUUACCCUCCUAAAGCACAAAGCUUUUCGUUCCUUUUCCUUUUCUCUGUUUGAAAUCUCCCCAGUGAAAAAUUACGAAGCUUUUGUCAUAAUCUUCAGCCCAUUCAUCUCUCUCUCUCUCUCUCUCAUCAAACGGCACGGAAGAUUUUCCCUUUCCGGCUUCUGAAAGAAAUGUGUCCCAUGAGGUUCAUCUUGGUGUUUUUCUCGGCACUCCUAGCUGCAUAUUUUGCAUGGAGGACAGUUCAUUCUUCGCCCCAGACGGACAAGAUUUUAGAGGACAUUACACUUGACAAAACGUCAACGAUAGAUAAACCAGAAUUUAAUCUUAAAAAGACGAUUCAAGAAUGCUUCUGGGUGUUCGUUGACAUGGCCAGCGGGAGGUACCUAUGGAGGAAUCUGAGGAAGGAUGAGCAAGUUAAGAGCUGCUAGAACUUUAUCAUGGAACUAAUUUCAGGCUCAUCUCUGUAAUCUAUUAGUACAGCACUAGAGAAAUAUGUCAUUAAUUUUCGGCGGACGGAGGAUGGGAUAUAAGGGCGUAGCACUGUAGCAGUGUAGACCUCGUACAAUUCUGCAAAUACGAAAAUGUCUUCUUUUUUUUCGGUC